GAAUGACCCUAUCGUUGUUCACUCAAUCGAAAAUCGUGAUGAAUACGAGCGAACGAACAAAAAAAUGAAGAAAUUUAUAAGUUGCGUACGUCCAUAUUGUUUGGCGAUAGCUAUUACUGCUGCUUUGCUCAUUGUCACACAAUUACCAUUAUGUUCUACCGACAAAGGAUUGCCUUUAUUUAUCAGUUUUUCGUGGAAUAACUCAGAAAUUGUUUAUUGGUUGGCAUACUUGUUCAUAUCGCUGUCAAUGGUGUUGUACUGCGUAGUAAAUUUUAUGACUGUUCUCGUUUGGUACAUAAUGUUGAACUAUUCUGUGGAGUACCAAUUGUUGGGAAAUAAAGUGAAACGAUGAGUGAGAAUCGUCACAAAUCAUGACAAAAACGAGGUACAAAAGAAAAUCAGGAAAACAUUGCUGAGCCAGAAAACCUAUAAUUCGGUACAACAAAGUAAAGAAUUCGUCGAAAAUUUAAUUGUUUUGGCCAAAGCUCAUCGAAACGUGACUGAAACCAUUGAGCGAUUCAGGUCCUGUUUCACAACAUUAUUUUUGGGUCAAAUCACAACCAGUGCCAUAACUAUUUGUGUUGCAGUUUACAGUUUAGCCUUUGGUUCGAAUCAAAAUAUUGUUCAAACAGAGUUUUUUGUGGUUGAACUGCUCUAUGGAAUUUUCGAUAUUUUUCUGGUUAUGUACUUGGCAAACGAUAUUACCCUGGCGAGUGACCGACUAUCUUACUGCUUAUUUGAGUCAAAUUGGAUAGAGCAAACUGAAUCAUGUAAGAAAUAUGUUCUCAUCAUGGGCGAAGUGUUGAAGCAACCACAACAGUUGGUGGUAUUGAUAUAUCCAAUGAACUUGGAAACUUUUAUGACGAUUAUUAACAGAGCAUACAGCAUGUUCAACAUCUUAAAAAGCUUUCAGUGAAAAAGCAAUGAAACGAGACCAUAAAGUCUGCUGGUUAAUGUUUU